UGCACCGUUUCUGGCUGUUGGUGUAAGACGGUGGCACGAGGCGAAGCUGCUCUCCCUCGUGCCGUUUAAAGCCUCCUCAGCACCUCCCUCCUCUGGACAGCUCCGCGGAACGUCUCUGCACCUUCCGAAAGGGAGGGCUUCUCGGAAUUCUUUAAGUCUUUGCAUAAAAAAACAAUAACAACAACAUAUUGUGAUUUCCCGGAUAACACUGCAAAUUCAUAACUUGAAGGGAACAACGGAUGUCUUCAUCGCUUAUAUUGUGACGGGCAACCGAAUUUUCGUUUCGGCUCAGGGCUGUGCGCCACACCGCGAAGCUGCUGUCCACGUGGACCGGUGCUGAAGCGUCUCGUCCAGCGGCGCGGACCCCCGCCAGAUUCGGAGACAUGGCGACGAAUGGCGCCAAAGCGGCCGAUGGACACGUCCUCACAGAGGUCAACGAAGCACCUGGCAACGACAAGCCGAAGACACCGGCGGCGAAGACCGACAAAAAGAAAAAGGAAAUUCCCGACAGAGAAACCUGGGCAGGAAAAUUCGACUUUCUGCUGUCGUGCGUUGGUUAUGCAAUCGGACUGGGGAACGUGUGGCGGUUUCCGUACCUCUGUGGCAAAAACGGCGGAGGAGCCUUCUUGAUUCCCUAUUUUCUGACCCUUAUAUUCGCUGGAGUUCCCUUGUUUCUGCUAGAAUGUUCCCUCGGCCAGUACACCUCUAUAGGGGGACUGGGAGUCUGGAAACUCGCUCCGAUGUUUAAAGGUGUGGGCCUAGCUGCAGCUGUCCUGUCCUUCUGGCUGAAUAUUUAUUACAUUGUUAUCAUAGCCUGGGCCAUAUACUACCUGUACAACUCCUUUACUGCAGAACUCCCAUGGAAAUCGUGCAACAACCCCUGGAACACUGACAGAUGCUACAGCAACUACAGCAUUGUGGAAACCGCCAACCUGACCAGCGCCGUCAUGGAGUUCUGGGAACGCAACAUGCACCAAAUGACUGACGGGCUGGAGAAACCGGGUGAGAUUCGGCUGCCUCUCGCCAUCACUCUGGCCAUCGCCUGGGUCCUGGUAUACUUCUGCAUCUGGAAAGGAGUCAGCUGGACAGGGAAGGUGGUGUACUUCUCUGCCACCUACCCCUACAUCAUGCUCUUCAUCCUCUUCAUCCGCGGGAUCACCCUCCCGGGAGCCACGGACGGGAUCCUGUUCUAUAUCACUCCAGAGUUCAGCAAACUGAAGGAGUCAGAGGUGUGGCUGGAUGCCGCCACACAGAUUUUCUUCUCUUACGGGCUGGGACUGGGAUCACUGAUUGCUCUCGGCAGCUACAACCCCUUCAAUAACAAUGUUUACAGAGACUCCAUCAUAGUGUGCUGCAUAAACUCUUCCACAAGCAUGUUCGCUGGCUUCGUCAUCUUCUCCAUUGUCGGCUUCAUGGCACAUGUCACCAAGAGGCCAAUUGCCGAUGUUGCUGCAUCAGGUCCAGGUUUGGCGUUUCUGGCGUACCCAGAGGCAGUGACACAGCUGCCCGUAUCCCCCCUGUGGGCCAUCCUCUUCUUCUCCAUGCUGCUCAUGCUGGGCAUCGACAGCCAGUUCUGCACAGUGGAGGGUUUUAUCACAGCGUUAGUGGAUGAGUUUCCACGGUUACUGAGAAGAAGACGAGAGGUCUUCAUCGCGGUGGUCUGUCUGGUGUCCUACGUGAUUGGCCUGUCCAACAUCACACAGGGCGGCAUCUACGUCUUCAAACUCUUUGACUACUACUCUGCCAGCGGGAUGUGCCUGCUCUUCCUGGUCUUCUUCGAGUGCAUCUCCAUAUCCUGGUGUUACGGGGUCAAUAAGUUCUAUGACAACAUCCAGGAGAUGAUUGGCUACAAGCCGUGCCUGUGGUGGAAGCUGUGCUGGGUGGUGUUCACCCCCCUCAUCGUAGCUGGAGUGUUCCUCUUCAGCGCCAUCCAGAUGGUUCCGCUCACUCUAAAUAACUACGUGUUUCCAGCAUGGGGGCAGGGGGUCGGGUGGUGCAUGGCUCUGUCCUCCAUGGUCCUUAUCCCCGGAUACAUGGGCUACAUGUACCUCACCCUGAAGGGCUCGUACAAAGAGCGUCUUCGGAUAAUGAUCCAGCCCCUGGCCCUGGUGAAAGCCCAGGAGAACGGACCAGAACCACAGACUGAGAACCCAAACCCUGUGACCGAGGAGGCUCAGAUCUAACCCCUGUCUAAGACCGACCUGUAGUGACCACAACCAAGGACUUCCGCUCCUGCAAUCCGUUCACCUACCUCCGAGAGCAAACGCAUCCACCCCCUGAUUACGAAAAGUGGCUCCAUUUAUUGGAAUUUGGAGAAGCUUAUCCAGUAUUGUUUUAGUGAUAAUAUUGCAUAUGCAAAAAUGUAGGCUGUAAGUGUUUCUAAAGCAAUCAAGUGCAUCCACAAUAACUGCCAGAAUUAUAACUGAAAUUUGAAGACCAGAUGCUAUUCAGCACAAAUGUGAUCUGACUUUGCAAAUAUUUAUGUAAUUAUGAUAUUAAAUAUUGUAAUAUCUUUGUAAAAAUAUUUAGAUUAGACUGUUUUAGAUUAGAUUGAUUGUACAUGAAAAAAAAAGAAAAUGAACUGUAUUCAUGAGGACAGAAAGUGCAAUACGAUAAUGUGUCGCACAAUUUAACGAUGGUAAACCGCAAAGGUUUGAGGAGCGUUGAGCAAGGCAGGGUCAUAUAUUCCAAUAAAAAUGACAGUUAUGAUUAGCACAAUGUUCCAGCGCAGCACAAACUGUGAUUUAGAGAGAGUUCCUCUCUCUCUCAGGCUAGGCUGGAACAGCACAUUCCACAUAACCACAUCCACCUUAGCAGAGACUGUUACUAUUUUACCUGCCUUUUCUACAGGCAAAAAGAAGCGUGUGUGAGGUCAGUCCUGCUCAGCUGUCAGAACGGUUAGUCUAAAUGCUGAAGUACAGGGACCGCAUUCACACACAUUUAAAACUACUCUCUCAGUUCAGACCAGACCGCCGGCCUGAAACGUGAGCAAAUGUUACUUUAUUCAUUCUAUUCUAAUUACCUUGGCUGAAACGAGGCAAAUACAGUGUAUGUUAAAUUAAUUUGAAUUCAAUUCAGUUAAAUCUGUAAAAUUUAAGAACAAAAAUUGGAUAAAUUACCUUUUCACAGCAAAACUGCAAGGCAGUCUUUUUAAGCUGUGAUACUGCACACACACACACACACACACACACACACACACAAUCCCUUUCAUCUGCAAUGCAAGAUUUGUUUUCAGUUACAGUCCUUUUAACUUCAUUCACAUUUUUCCUCAGGAACAUCCGUGAAAGUGACCAAACUUUUAGAUGAAAUUACACUCAGAGAUCUGUGAAGGCCAAAAACUAGAAGAGAUCAGAUCUGUGAAGUAUAUUAU